UUGACAAACAUCAGCUUACUUGCCCCUCCUUUGGCGGCUUUGCCUUUUCCCAAUUACUUCAGCUCUUUCACAUCUUCCAAACCUUACCCCUUAUCUAGGGUUAGGAUUUCACUCCAUCUGUCUCUCUAUUGUCAGAAUAACAAAACCCCAGAUUUAAGACGAUGCAGCAACCAGCACCCGGCGUAGUCCCAUCCGCAAUGGCUCCACCGCCUUCCAUGGCGGCGGCUCCACAGACGCAACAACAGUACCAAUACCAUCAACCGCCUGCUCAUCCACAGCAACCUUACAUGAUGAUGAACAUGAUGGCGCCUCAGAGCCAGCCUCCCAUGUGGCCACCUCAGCAAGGUUCGGCUAUGCUGCCAGCUCAGCAACAACAGGCCGGUCAAGCCGGUCAACCCACUAGCACAGAUGAGGUUCGGACUUUGUGGAUCGGUGAUUUGCAGUAUUAUAUGGAUGAGAAUUAUCUCUUGAGCUGUUUUUCCCAAACUGGAGAGGUUGCUUCUGUGAAAGUUAUCCGUAACAAGCAAACAGGUCAAGUGGAGGGUUAUGGGUUUAUUGAAUUUGUUUCACGAGCUGCUGCUGAGAGAGUUUUACAAACAUACAAUGGUACAUCUAUGCCGAAUGGUGAGAACAACUAUAGGCUGAAUUGGGCAUCCUUUAGUUCAGGCGAGAGGCGAGAUGAAACCCCUGACUUUACAAUCUUUGUUGGAGACUUGGCUGCUGAUGUUACUGAUUACAUGCUUCAAGAAACUUUCAGGGCACACUUUCCAUCUGUGAAGGGUGCAAAGGUUGUGAUUGAUAGGGUCACUGGACGCACAAAAGGUUACGGGUUUGUUAGGUUUGGAGAUGAAAGUGAACAUAAUCGUGCUAUGACAGAGAUGAAUGGCGUUUUUUGUUCAACUAGGCCUAUGCGUAUAGGACCAGCUACUAACAAGAAGACUGUCACCGUGCAGCAAUAUCCAAAAGCUUCAUCUCAAGGGACUCAGAACGAGAACGAUCCAACUAAUACAACUAUAUUUGUUGGUAAUUUGGAUUCUAAUGUGACGGAGGACCAUUUGAGAGAGUUUUUCAGCCCAUAUGGUCAGUUGGUGCAUGUGAAGAUACCACAAAACAAGCGAUGUGGAUUUGUUCAAUUUGCUGAUAGGAGCUGUGCGGAAGAAGCACUGCGAAUGCUAAAUGGCACUCAGUUGGGUGGACAAAGUAUUCGGCUUUCAUGGGGCCGUAGCACAUCAAACAAACAGUCCCAAGGAGAUCCAAACCAGUGGAAUGGUGGAUAUUAUGGGUAUGCUCAAGGAUAUGAUUAUGGCUAUGCUGCUGCUCCCCAAGACCCCAACAUGUACUAUGGAGGAUAUCCUGGGUAUGGAAAUUAUCAACAGCCUCAGCAGCAGCAACAACAAGUGGGAUAUAGCUAAAGUGCUUUUUUUAUGGCUGCUUUUAUCUUUACUAGUUUGGUGAACUUAUGCAACUUGAUCUCUCCUUGUUUCUCUUUCGGGGGAAUAAAGUCAGGCUGUGUUAUUCUCUUGCUAAUAUCAUAUGCACUGUAUAAACCUCCUUUUAUCACAAAAUUUUGUACUAUUCUGGGUGUUUAGCUUUUUAUCGGAUGGUGUUAUUUUUCUGACGCAUGUAAUGAUGAAUAUGU